CUCUCCUUCUGGACUGCAUUUCCCAGCAUGCCUUCGCAGCUGCGCACAGAGGAAGGCCAGCAAGUUGCGAAGCUUCCCCCCCGCACCCCACCCCAUCAGCUUUGUUAAAUUCCACAAAAGGGAGGGCUACCUCAGGACCGGCUCUCCUCCGAGGGAAGGUAGCCUCGCCUCGCAGCCUUCCGGGUCCUUCCCCGAGGAAACAACCGCUGGGCCUCCCUCUCCAAAGGCGCGUCUGGCCACAGAGCUCCGAAGAUGGGAGACCACAAGGAUUCUCUGCGGAAGAUCAUCACUACCCUUGCCGUGAAGAAUGAGGAGAUCCAGAAUUUCAUUUAUGUCCUCAAGCAGAUGCUCCAGAACGUAGAGGCCAAUUCAGACAGGGUGCAGCAAGACCUCGAAGCCGAGUUCCUGUCACUGAACACCUUGCUGGAUGAACUCAAAGAAGGGAUGCUCAUGAAAAUUAAGCAGGACCGAGCCAGCCGGACCUAUGAGCUGCAGAAUCAGCUGGCUGCCUGCACGAAAGCCCUGGAGAGUUCGGAGGAGCUGCUGGAGACGGCCAACCAGACACUGCAGGCGGCUGACAACCACGAUUUCAACCAGGCUGCUAAGCAAAUCAAGGACAGUGUGACGAUGGCGCCUGCGUUCCGGCUGUCCCUCAAGGCCAAAGUGAGUGACAACAUGAGCCAUCUCAUGGUGGACUUUGCCCAAGAGCGUCGGAUGCUGCAGUCUCUGAAAUUCCUGCCAGUCCCCAGCGCUCCGGAGAUCGACACGGCGGAAUCAUUGGUGGCCGACAACUGCGUGACUCUUGUUUGGAGGAUGCCGGACGAGGACAGCAAGAUCGACCACUACGUGCUGGAGUAUCGCAAGACCAAUUUUGAUGGGCCGCCCCGGGUCAAAGAAGAUCAGCCGUGGAUGGUCAUCGAAGGAAUCAAGCCAACCGAGUAUACUCUUUCGGGACUGAAAUUUGAUAUGAAAUACAUGAAUUUCCGUGUCAAGGCCUGCAACAAGGCCGUGGCAGGGGAGUUCUCGGAUCCUGUCACUCUGGAAACAAGAGCUUUCAUGUACCGCCUGGAUGCCAGCACCAGCCACCAGAACCUCAAGGUGGAGGACCUCAGCGUGGAAUGGGACGCCAUGGGUGGGAAGGUGCAGGACAUCAAAGCCCGAGAGAAGGACGGGAAGGGCCGCACGGCAUCUCCAAUCCAUUCCCCGGCCAGGUGUGUGCAGUCACCCAAACGGAUGCCGCUAGGUCGUGGCGGGAGGGACCGUUUCACUGCCGAAUCCUAUACGGUUUUGGGAGACACACCCAUCGAUGGCGGAGACCACUACUGGGAGGUGCACUACGACCGGGAUAGCAAAGCGUUUGCCGUCGGGGUGGCCUACAGAACGCUGGGCAAGUUUGACCAGCUAGGCAAGACCUCCUCCUCCUGGUGCCUCCACCUCAACAACUGGCUGCAGGUCAGCUUCACCGCCAAGCACAACAACAAAGCCAAAAUCUUAGACAUCCCAGUCCCAGACAUCAUCGGCAUCUACUGCAAUUUCCACGAAGGUUUCCUCUCAUUCUACAAUGCCAAAACCAAGCAGCUGCUCCAUACGUUUCGGGCCAGGUUUACUCAGCCGGUGCUGCCAGCUUUCAUGGUGUGGUGUGGCAGUUUCCACGUCUAUUCCGGUUUGCAAGUCCCCAGUGCCGUCAAAUGCCUUCAGAAACGCAAUAGUGCCACAAGCAGUUCUAACGCCAGCCUGUCUUAGAACCACGUUGCAUUCCUCGCGCUGCAGGAUGGUGUCAUGAGUGAAGAGCUCAGAUCUCCUGGAAAACCUACUCUGCAAAGGAACAGACUCUUAUGAUCGUAUUUUAGUUUGAAUUUUGGUUCUCCCAGUUCCUGGAUAGGUUCUCUGACUGGCCAGCCCAAGCAAACUUAAGGUGCGGUGAAAAUACACCACGAAUGUAUCGGAUUAUUUAUCUAUGAUUGUAAAGUGUCUCCUGGUAUCGCCUGUCACAGAGUCCUUUCCCACCACUACCACCACCAAAAUUUCACUUUUGCCUUCAACAGAUGCAGGGCCGCGGAUCUUGCAUGAUCUGAAAGUUUGGGUUAAGAAGAAGCAAAUUUUCAAGCAAUGCUGUGCGUAUAGUCUGUGCUAAAAAUGUUCCAAAUUCUGUGGCAAAAUGAUCCAGAUUUGGGUUUGUGGAAAUGUUCCAAAUGAAGCAAAUUCGUAGUUCUUGUUUUGUUCGGCAUAAUUUGUUCAUGAGGAAGAGCAAAGAGCUCCGUAAACAGGAUGAGGCCAUUGAUUGCCCUAAAAGGAGGACAGAUUCGCCCCAGCUAAAUUCCCUUCAUUUGCUUUUAAAAUUUGUGACAUCUGAGGAAUGAAAGUUUGUUUUUAGACUAGAAACAUUCCUGAUUUAUUUUUUUUUAAAAAGAAUGGUUAUAUUAGUGUUUCCCCCAAAGCAUAGUCAAAGGCGACUCUGAAUUUAAGAUGACCCUCUUUCAAAAAAGGUUAUAGCUGUAUUUAUCCCAAAGGAAGUGAAGUUUGUAUUUAAAUCAACUUCCUCACCCCAAUUUGUAGCAUCAAAGAACUUGGCGGGGGGUGGGGAACCAGUCUAGGAUUCAGAUAAGUAAAUACAAUAACACUGCUCCAAAUUAGUAUUCCCACUGGCCCUGAUGGAUUGCAGUUGGGAAGAAAUGAAGGUGAGCCAGCAGUGUGAUGCAACUGCUAAAAAGGCAAAUGCAGUCAUAGGCUACAUUGUCAAGAUCACUAGAAGUAAUCAUUCCACUCUGUUCUGUGCUGGUCAGACCUUGCCUGGACUGUGUCCAGUUCUGGGUCCCAAAUUUUAAGAAGGAUUGAUAAAAUGGAAUGGGUCCAGAGGAGGGCAGCCAGGUUGCGGAGGGCUCUGGAAACCAAGUCCUAAGGCAAGACCUGAUAACCAUCUUCAAACACCAAUCCCUGGAGGCAUUAGAUAGGAGGAGUGGAUCUGUUUGUUGUUUCUCCUAAGGGCAGGACUAGAACCAAUGGUUGACAUUACAAGGAUGCAGGUUCAAGCUAGGCAUUAGAAAUAAUUUCCCAGCUGUAAGAGCUGUAGACAGUGGAACAGUCUCCCACAUGCUGUGGUGGGUUCUGCUUUGCUACAGGUUUUCCAACAGAGAGACUGGACAGCCAUCUUGUCAGGGGAGCAGCAGCAGAUUCCUGCACUGAGCAGGGGGUGGACUAGAAGACCUCCAAGGUCCCUUCCAACUCCAAAAGCCUUGAUUCUAUGAAUUAACCAAUUUACCAUUCACUUAUCUGAAGUCUCACAUGGAAACUGGACUGCCCACCCAGCAAGAGCGGCUAGCUACAAUUCCCCCCCCCCCCCGCCGGGUCCUAGAAAUUGCAUUCAUUCAGUCCCCUCGCUGGUCUCUGAAAGUCCAGCAAGCAUCAUUGCUGCUUUCCAAGCAUACCUUUGAAAACAUGAUGGCUAGAAACUUCAUUGUUGGUAAACAAUGAAAAUUGAGGAGGAGGCUCCACAUAUCCGCAUUCUUGUAGAAUCACAGCAUAUAUACACAGCCUUGCUUUUAGAAACGUCCCACAAAGCUGGGAGCACCAAUUCUUUUUCCUGAGGCAGUAACACCAUAAUCCAACAAGAGCCCAGAUGCUUUGCUCUUAUACAUUAAAAUGAGGGCCGCGUGUGCACUCAGGCCCACUUGUAGAAUCAGUUUUAUUUCACAACCACGCAACCAGCUUCCAGCCUUAACAAUAAAUUUUACAUUUCUGCAUAACUCUCA